AUGUCACGAACGAAAUUUCGUCCGUGCAUUGAUUUACAUGAUGGAAAGGUGAAACAAAUUGUCGGAGGUUCUUUGAACGAAUCUAAUCUGGAUGAAUUGAAAACGAAUUUUGUUGCAAAAGAGUCUCCAAGUUAUUAUGCGAAUCUAUAUAAACAGCAUGAUCUCACCGGCGCACACGUGAUAAAACUUGGUCUGGGAAAUGACGCUGCCGCAAAAGAAGCAUUAUCAGCAUGGCCAGAUGGUCUUCAAAUCGGAGGUGGUAUAACCGACGAAAACGCUCAAGAUUGGAUUGAUGCAGGCGCUGAGAAAGUGAUUGUUACAUCUUUUUUAUUCCCUGAUGCUAGAUUUUCUUUGGACCGUUUGCAAAGAUUAUCCGCAACUAUUUCGAGAGAACGUUUAGUGGUUGAUCUCAGUUGUAGAAAACGCGAUAAAAAAUGGGUCGUAGCAAUGAACAAAUGGCAAACAAUCACCGAUACCGAAAUAAAUCAAGCUACCUUGGACCUUUUAUCAACUUAUUGCAGUGAAUUCUUGGUUCAUGCGGCUGAUGUUGAGGGUCUUUGUCAGGGCAUCGAUACAGAAUUGGUUGAAUGCAA